CAACUCCUUUCUCUCAACGAUCAUGUCCUCUGAACUCAGGUAUACUGCUAACACGCAACUGGAGCACCUACACGCUCGUUACACAGGAACUGGUCACGCAGACUUGACAAAAUAUGACUGGAUCACACAUCAACAUAGAGAUACGUUAUCUUCUAUCGUAGGACACCCGUCAUUGCUUUCGUAUCUGGCUCUUGCAGACGGAGAAGCUAUUGGCCGGACAAAGUUUGAAAUGACAGAGCGAAUGCUGCAGCCCUGUGGCCCCCCUCCCAAGAAAGACGAAGAUUGAACUUUCUUAUAUACUUCUUUCAUCGUACCUCCGCCAGGUACAGGGACUGUAUUCAUGGGGAAUCCCUUUUCGUCACAGGUUUCCUUAGCAUUUGUGGGUGCUCACGACCUGAUGACAUUCAAACGUGCCAGUUUGUAAUACAUUCCUGAGAUGUGUUGAUAAUCAUGACGUUUGUAUUCAAUUGAGAGACCUACGCUGUCAAGAUAUCCCCUUGCGCUUAUCAUGAACCCUGGUAUGAGUGACAGUGCAGGGCCCUUGAAUCAAACUCACAAAAAGCAAGAGAGGACCCUUCAUGUCAUGGGACGUGUCGAGCGGCUUUCGGUAGGAGAUCUUCCGUUGUGGCUUCAGGAAGAUGCUAAGCUUAUCUCGGCAAGUUGACUUGUUGAUUUGGCGUCGAGUGCUAUGAGAAUGACAGCAGUGAGCGAUCCUCUCGGUGAUGAGGCGGAUAUGACCAUCGGGUAUUUGUCGCAUCACGUCCACAUCAGCUGGUCGAG